GGCUUAGGGAGUGACGGGUGCUUUUUCCUGUUGGCGUUUAACGAUGGCACGUUUAAAACAUUCCAACUCAUCGAUUGGGUGCGACACGUGCCGCUGGAUGUGUUGGCCAAAAAUUUUCAAGUGCUACCGGAGACGUUUGCCAACGUACCGCAGGGAAAUCUGUACAUAUUCGCCAGCGAACUGCCCCGACCUCUAGCCCAGGAGAAAGCGAUAGCGGCGGAGGGCACGGGUGAAGUGCCCCAAACGUACGCCUACUUCGCGUCGACCCAACCGGCGAACGCCACCCGAUGGGGCGGUACGGCUAAGAUCAUUGACAAAACCAACUUCCCGGUGACCACAAUCGCGGCCGCCAUUGUAACCCUCAAACCGGGCGCACUCCGGGAACUUCACUGGCAUCCAAACGCCGACGAAUGGAACUACUGUGUGACAGGCAAAGCCCGUAUGGGUAUAUUCAACGCUGACAUGAGCUCCACUACGGUCGACAUCGAGGCCGGAGACGUGGGUUUCGUACCGAAGACAACGCCUCAUUAUGUGGAAAACACCGGUACAAACGAUCUCGUGUUUUUAGAGGUGUUCCCCACCGACACCUACCAGGACGUAUCGCUGGCCACGUGGUUGGCGCACACCCCUACCCGACUGGUCAACGCGCACCUGCACACUGGCGAGAGAUUUUUGGCUGAUAUUCCCAAAACAAAGGCAGUGAUAGAGCCAUGGAAUCGAACGUGGUAUCCGAGUCACGGCAUUGUGUUUCCCACCCCCUAUUUUGAGGACGUUUCGUUGGCCGAGUGGUUGGCCCACACGCCCACCCAAUUGGUCGACGAGCACUUUCAUCCGGCGCCGUUCAUGAACGCGGCACUCGAGCGCCAGAACCCGUCGGCCAAUCGGCCGCCGGUCACCGACGCCGGGAGUUCACCAAAUUAUAAAUACCCGUUUGCUUUCUCGCGCACAUCUUAUUAUAGCGGUGGUUGGGUGCGACAGGUGAACGUAAAAGAUUUUGCUAUAGCGACCACAAUGGCCGGGGUACAAAUGAAACUGAUCAGAGGUGGCGUAAGGGAACUACACUUUCACGUUAGCUCCGAGUGGGCCUAUGUGAUCCAGGGCACUUGUCGAAUCACCGCCGUAGAUGAAAAUGCUAAAUCGUUUGUGGAGGAUGUGAGUGCGGGCGAUGUGUGGCUGUUUCCCGCGGGUAUACCGCACUCCAUACAAGUGCGACCGGAAACGUUCAAAAACAUACCGCAGGACAAUCUGUAUAUAUUUGCCAGUGAACUGCCCCGACCUCUAGCCCAGGAGAAAGCGAUGGCGGCAGAGGGCACGGGUGAAGUGCCCCAAACGUACGCCUACUUCGCGUCGUCCCAACCGGCGAACGUCACGCGAUGGGGCGGCACGGCUAAGAUCGUCGACAAAAACAACUUCCCGGUGACCACAAUCGCGGCCGCCAUUGUUACGCUCAAACCGGGCGCACUCCGGGAACUACACUGGCAUCCAAACGCCGACGAGUGGAACUACUGUGUGACAGGCAAAGCCCGUAUGGGUAUAUUCAACGCCGACCUGAGCGCCACUACGGUUGACAUUGAGGCCGGGGACGUGGGUUACGUACCGAAGAUAACACCUCAUUAUGUGGAAAACACCGGUACAACCGACCUCGUGUUUUUAGAGGUGUUUGCCACCGACACCUACGAGGGGGUAUCACUGGCCACGUGGUUGACACACACCCCUACCCGACUGGUCAACGCGCACCUGCACACUGGCGAGAGAUUUUUGGCCGAUAUUCCCAAAACAAAGGCAGUGAUACAGCCCUGGAAUCGAGCGUGGUAUCCCAGUUACGGCAUUAAUAAGCAAACGGGGUCGGAAACUGGAUCAGAACAAGAUCAAAAUAAAUAG